AUGUAAAGUAAAUAUGGUUAUACUAUUUUGAUUUUACUAAAAUUAUUUUUAAGAUUUAAUUAAUUAAUUACAUAUCAUCUUUUUUUAUCUUUUAUUUAUAAUCAAUCGAUUGAUUUAUAAUUUAUUUUAAAUGUUUUUAGAAAAUAAAUAUUAAUAAAUAAACAAAUAAAUAUAAAAAUGAAUUACAUUCAAAAAAUAGCAUAAAACUUACAAGACAAACAAUAGAAUAAAACAAGCUCAUAAUAUUGUUCAGAAUGCAAAAACUUAUUUAAUGAUACCUUAAACAUAUCUUCGAUUUGCUUAAAUUUUAACUGUCUAAAUUUAUUAUGCAAAAAUUGCGAGAAUAAACAUGCUUUAACAAAUAAUCAUGUGACUAGAGAAAUAUAAUGUCAAUAACUUCAACUUCAUAUUUUAUUUAAGGAUGCCAUAUAUUUAGAAGAUUAAAAGGUUUUGAAUAAAAUAAACUAAAUAUUCCCUUUAUUCUCUUAGGUUAAUGAAAUUUAAAUUAGUUUGCCAGUUAAUCUUCAUGAAUGCGGAAUACUAUUCACUAUUAUUUAGAUUAUGCAAAAAGGUUGGAAUAGGCUUUAGAAAUUCGAUAUUAAAGUGCUUAAUGGGCAUUUAUUCAGUUAAGAUUUACUUAAUGGAUUAGGAAAAGUAUUUCAUAUUUAAAAUAUAAAGAAAAUAAAAAUAAACUUUAAAUCUUCUACCAGCUAAGACAAUAAAUUUUAGCAGUAAAAUAUUUAAUAAAGUUAAUUUUUUAAUCUUAUAGAGUCCUCCAAUUCAAAAAAUUUACAGAUUUUAAAACUUAACAUAAAUGAGUCAUGCUGCAAUCUUAAUAGAUGCUUUACAUCGUUUGCUUCUCUAUCUGAAUUAUAAAAACUAGAUUUCAAAUGUAAUAAUAAUACCGAUCUUGUUUCUGAAUUAGAAGUAUUUUUACUUAUAAAACACAUAUAAAAGCUAAGUAAACUAGUAGAACUUACUUUAGAUAUAAAGAGUGUUAAUCUCUUUUUAUAAAAUUCAGAUAUAGUUUAACAAAUAGCAAAGCAAUUAAAUGAAAAAUAAAAUAUUAUUAAAAAAUUCGUCAUUAAAGAUAGUUAUUACUCAAUUAGCAAAAAACUUUUUGGUCAUUGUUAUUUUCUAACAAAAUGUCAUAAGAAUGAUUUCGUAAAGUUACAGCUAGCAUAUCUAUAAAAAAGAAUUCUAAUAAAACAAAUAUAAACUGUUUAAAAUCUAAAAUACUUUCAAAGAAAGGAAAAAGUUAUUGAACUAUUCAUGCAAUAAUAUAUUUGA